AUGGUGUAUGUCGAUGACAUUGUUGUCAAUGGUUCGUCAAUCAAGCAUGUCGACCACACCAUCAAGUUGUUGGGCAACAGUUUCUCUAUCAAAGAUCUUGGAUCUUUACAUUUGUUUCUUGGUGUCGAAAUCAAUCCACAUUUAGAUGGUCUCUUACUUACUCAAAGCAAUUACAUUGCUGAGCUAUUAGAUAAAUUUCACAUGCUGGAAGCAAAUGGUGUUGCUACUCCAAUGUCUACCAGUGAGCAUCUAAGCAUUAAUGCUGGAUCCUGUUCAACAGAUGUGAAGUUGUAUAGACAAGAUGAAGAAGCUCUUGAUGUGAUGAUAAAUUUGUUGCCUGCACACAACAGUGGGCCAAUAGUUGGAAUGAUUUGUGAAGAUGAGGAAUUUGAUACGGCACUGAAGGCCGUUGCAGGCAUUGCCGAGGCUUACUCUGACGUUGAUUGGGGCGGAAUGAUUGAUACCAGACACUCAACUUCAGCUUAUGUCAUUCUUCUUGGGUCCAAUCCUAUUAGUUGGUGUUCAAAAAAGCAGCGAACAGUUGCUCGCUCAUCCACUGAAGCUGAGUAUCGAGUUGUAGUUGAAGUAAACUUGAUUGUUAAUCUCCUUAAGGAACUGCAUCUUCCACCUAAGACUCCGCCAAAAAUCCUAUGCUAUAAUGUUGGAGCCACUUAUCUCAGUCAUAAUCCUGUUUCCACAGUAGAACAAAGCAUGUGGCCAUGA